GCGAAAGCAUUUCAAUGAAUUUCAAUCAUUUGUUUACUAAAAUUGUGAAGUUGAUUUGAUUGUUAAAGUGAAUUAAAUUACUUGUGAUAGUUUAAAGUGUUUUAAUCUUCGUUUCGAUUAUGCCUUUUUUAAAAGGUGCUGGUCCCAUUAGACGGACUCUUCCUUACCUGAAAUCAGGAUCUCUUAUAUUCAAAGACCGAGUGAAAAUUGUUGAGAUUCACUGUAAUUGGUACCCGAGGAGAUACGCGGUUGAACAUUUAAUUAAAUACGGCAAUCCACAUGAUGGAUUAAAUGCUUUUCACUUUUGGAAUGUUCCUCAAAUCCAGUUUGCAAAUCCUGAUGUUCAAAUCAUCCGAUUCUUAGACAUGACUCCUAAUCCAUUUAUAAGAUGUUGGCUUGAUAAUGGGAAAACUGUUCUCUUUGAUUGUUAUGAGAAAACCCGAUACGAGAUUGUAACUCAAUUGACAAAAAUUCUUGGUAAAUCUAAGGAUAGAUUGAAAUUGGAAUCUGCUAGAGCCAAAGAUGCCCAAGAUUAUGAUAAUCCAGCUCAGUUUGGUUUCAACAAGAAACAAUUUUGUAUAUGUGAAGUUGCAGGUCAAGUUCCAUGUUCAGGUACUUGCCCAUUACCGAAGAAAUAUCUUGGUUACUAUAAACAGUACAAGCCAGAGGAACUUGAAAAAUGGAACCAAGAUUUAGAUGCUGAUUAUUUGACUGAGAAACAGAAGCAAAAGAGAUUCAUGUGGUUCCCACCUCAUGCUAAGCCGGUUCUCGAUUAUUUACCUGACAUCGAGAAACCUUUCCUCAGGGAAUUCGGUCAAACCCCUGGUAAAGAUAUUGCACCACCCGAUUCGUAUUAUGAAUGGAAAGCUCGUCAAGAGAAAAAGAUUAAGUGAUUUUUUUAGUUGUAUUAAAAGUCAAAGAAAAAGUUUAGAUAAAAAUCAAGUUUGAUUUCA